AUGGAGCUCUCAUCGCCCCUGUCGGACGUGUCCGCUAUAUCGUCUCCAGCGUCGUUUCGGACUGCAUUCCAGUCACCCGAUGUCGCUCAUGCAAAGAGCGCAACUGGAACUCCCGCACAACUCAAGCCCAUGUAUUCCCCCGCGAGCCAGCUCCCUCGCGAGCUGAAGGAGCACUGUCUAGUUUACUUGGAAGAGCAUCUCUACAGUGGCGCGCUCGGCCUCUAUCAUGGCCUCCUCACGGCAGGCCACUCGCGAAAGGACAAAGUCAAGAAGCCUGUUCAUGUCCCGCCGCCGGCCCACCUCGCCCUCCUCAACACGCUGGCCAUCCAUCCGAGCCACACGACCCGAGCCGCCGGGUCCGAACGUCUAGAGAUCGGCUCGCAGGCGCUGGCCUACCUGCGGAACCUUCUCGGCAUUGCCGGCCCCGUCAAUGCCGGCCUUAGGGAUGCGUUCCAGUUCCACGGCGCACAAUACGGCCGCCGGAAUCGAUACCACGAAGAAGAGGAUGUCGACCUCGAAGGAGACCAGAUAGCCAACAACAAACUCGCUAACGAGGAGAGCAUAUGGCACCGCGCGCAGGACUUCUGGUCCGUCGUGGGCUGGGCCUUCAACUGCAGCAGGAUUCACCCCCAUCGUUGGCGCUUCUGGAAGGUCUGGCUGGAGUUCAUGCUGGACGUCCUCGAGACCGACGUGUAUGAGCGGAAGCGCAUGGACGAGGACGCGCUUACCUCUCCGCAGGAAUGGGCCAACAUGAGCGAGUCCAUCCUGGUCAUGUAUAUCCGGCAGAAGACCGACUCCGGCAGGGGCGCUCUGAGGAUGAUCCUGCAGGCCGUGUUCGCCGAUGGCUCUACCUCGUACAUGGCUAAGUUUCCCGAGGUGUUCAACAAGGAGACAAAGGGACUCGCGAGCGACGACAAAAAGCGCAAGCGAAUGGCCACGCUCGACAUCGAAAACGACCAGUUUGGCGACUACUUCAACGACCCGACAGACUCUGAGCCUUCGGAAACGGGCUCGCCUGGAACAUCGCGCACCUCGCGCACACCGCAGACCAAGUCCGAAGAGGCCAUUGUGCCCGUGCUGGCCGAAUCCAUGCCUCUCCGCCUGCGGUUGAUGGAGCUCAUGUCCGAGGUUGCCUACAACCUCCCGGAGACAUUCAUGGACCACAAUGAUUACGCGACGGAGCUGUGUAGACUGCUCAAGCAGCAGCCCCUAUCGUUCUUCCAUCAAUUCAUCACAGAUAUGAACGUCUACGUCCAGCGCUAUGACGGUGCGUUCAAGAUUGACCUCCUGACCAUACAGCUGGAUCAGCUGCUUCCCAGCGGAUACGUGGAUCCUAGGAAGGUUUGCAAGGGCGAGAGCAACGGCAUCGUCAUCAACGUCGACGUUCUGGAGCAGUGCUACCUUGGUACGAAUGCUAACACCAUCGACCCGGACGACAACGCCAGGGUGGCGCUGAUCCUUGAGAGCCUGCUCCACAUACUCCCCGCGGAAGGCAUCAGGGAAGCCAGCGACCGGCUCCGCGAGGCGACGGCCCAAGGCAUCGAAGCGCGCGAGGCGAAGGCCAAGGGCUCAGGCAGGAGGGGCGCGACGACCGCGACCCGUACGGGCCGCGGCAGGAAGGGCCCAAAUGCGCGGGACCUGCUUGCCAGGGAGAUGAUGGACCUAGCGGGAGAGCGUAUGUUGCUUUACAUCGACAUCAUAGCCGCACAUACUUUUGAUAAUGGUGAAGAUAAAAAUGAUGAAGGGGACCAUAUCAUGGAAGACUGA